UGUGAAAAAGCGUUUGUAGAGCCACCAAAACUCAAAAAAAGAAAAAAUCGCAUAAAGCAAUUGCUUAACCGGGGGCAUGACAGAACCUGCACAGUAGGUGGCACUAUAGGAAAGGUCGGUGGUCGGUCGCCCUUGAAAAUACGAGAAACCGCAAAAGCUGCCAUUUUCGAACGCAAAUCGAUUAGAAAUUAGAAAAUAGAGAUGGCGAAGCAAGAAAGCAUAGAGCCGUGCAAGAAAGAAGCUUGCUACAUUCAAGCAUGUCUCUCCAAGAACAACUUCCUCCCUCAAAAGUGCAUUACAGUCAUUGAAUUGCUGCAGUCUUGCUGCGAGAAACACAAUUACAAUUCGACUCACUGUGCUUCGCUCUCUGGUCUUUUGAAGCAAAAGCCAAAGUAGAAAGUGUUGUCAAUUUUGCACUUAAUGACUAAAUGUAGCUCUACCUCUAUCAUACUCCAGGCAAAAUACCACAGCAGCCAAAUGCUUGAUGUGAUUACGACUUGCCAUAAGCUUCUCUUGUUACUAGAAGCUUAUGGCACAUUAAGUGCAAUAGAAGGUGGGGGAGGGAAAACAAAAAUAGUGUAAAGGAUGCUAGAAAAGUUUUCUGUUGAUGUCUUGAUUGAUACACUUGUGUGCGUAAGGUUUUAUUUUCAUACAUGUGAAUCGAUCUAGAGCUGGAUUCUUUUUCACGUAAAUAAAAGAAGGCAAUAUGUCUUUUUUUAUAUUA